AAAAAAAUAAAAUAAUAAAAACAUAUACACGCCAUGCACGAAGAAAUGAGAUUUAUAGUUUCUGCUUCUAGAUUUUUAAAUGCAAUAUUUGUGAAUACGUUCCUGACUUCAAUGUUUACCUCUAAAUAAGAGAAGUAAAUUCAGUACAGUUACAUUAAAGAGAAGAAAUAACUUUGAUAGGUAAUAGUAAAAUGUACGCAUUAGCUGAAUAAGGGGAAUAUUAAAAUGUAAAUGUAAAAGAAACACAUUUCUUUGCUGUGCUUUACAGAUAAACUGAAAGUUUAUGAUUCCAGGUGGAUAUGAUCCAUUUCCCUGGUUGGUGUUGGGUCUCUGGGAGCAGGAUGUCGCUCUAAUGUUUACAGACACCUAUAAAGACACCGCGACAACAAUCCGACCUACUGAAAAUAAAAGCGUCCGCCAGUUUCUCUGUAUCCUGUUUUAACAGGAAAAAGCCAAAAUGGUGGCAACAGCAUGUAGGAUGAUGCUUCGUCUGUCUGCAGACACAAUGGAAACAAAGGAAGUAGUCCACUGUGCUCUGCAGCUAGAGAAGUUAGCUGCCGAGCAAAACUUUGGGAGCAUCUCAACUCUGCUUGGGGAUCUUGAUAGAUGUGAUAUAUCUCCAGAGCAGCUGGAAAUGACGGACAUAGUCAAAGUGCUUUAUAAACUCCUAAAAACCUGCAGGGAGAGCAGCGUGAGGAAAACAGCGAAGAGUCUGCUGUCGAGGUGGAAGAGACGGUACGGGAGUGAAAGGCAGGGAAACUCAGGAAACUCCCGAGCUGAUUCUUCAGGACAAACAGAGGAUGGGGGGGUUUCCAAGGAUUCGGCACAAAUGGGUGGAAAUAAGGAGGACAGUGCAUCAGGACAGGAAUGUGAGGCUCCCACAGGAGAGACGACGUCUCCCUCUUCUGACUCUGUGAGAACCAAAUGUGUCCAGCUCCUGCUGGCUGCCCUCCACCCUGAACCUCCCGAUGGAGACAAGGCAGCAGAGCUGGCGGAGAGCAUUGAGUGGCACAUCCACCGUCUCCACAAAACCAAGCACCUCAAAUACAAAGCCUGCGUGAGGAGCAAGGUGGCCAACCUGAGGAAUCCCAAGAACAGUCAUCUACGCCAGGGCCUCCUGUGCGGCUCCCUGGCGCCAGAGUCCUUCGCUCGGAUGUCUGCGGAGGAGAUGGCCAACGCUGAGCUCCGGCAGCUCCGGGAGGAGUACUCAUCCAGGGGUGUGAGCGAGAGGCAGCUGCCCCAAGGGUUGGAGGGUACGCCGACGCAGAAGGUCCGCUGCAAACGAUGCGGAGGAUCAGACUGCAGGGUGACACAAGUGUCCAGAGGUGCCCUGUUUUUGCCUGCCUGGGUGAGGCGUGGCGGCCCUGACGAGGACGCGAUGACCUUUGUGACCUGCAGUGGGUGUGGCCAGCAGUGGUACCACAAUGGCUGGGUGUGCCUCUGAAUCCAAAAGCCACGUUGACUAUCUAGUGAUGAUCUGGCGAGGAAGUUAAUAAAAGCAGUUCUUUUCCUUUUAACUUUUGCAUAAAGUCUAAACAGAUUUGCCUGCUUGUUUAAAAGUCCAGAAAGGGGCUUCUUCUUCUUUGCUAAAGGAGAGCCGCUGCUAACCGGAACCAAGACUUUUAAAGAGUCACUCAUCACAUUACUGAUUCAUUUCCUGCCUCUUCCAGGCCUAAUAGCCCUUCAGUGGUUUAUAUACUGAACAGUGGCAUCACAUUACUGAGUUUAGAGCAGACAUAUUCAUCCAUACCCCCCCGGCCGCAGCAAAAUUGCCAAGUCUUGACCGUUCUCUUGGAAGGGGAAUCUCAAGCCUUUUGCAGCAGGCUUUUCUUCCCGGAUUGUCGUGUUUAGCUCCACCCGUUUUUCCCAUCAUGUCUUCCCAGCUUCCCCAUUCCCGCAGUAUGAUGCUGCUACAAGAAAACCAUAUGCACCCUCUGUGGGGUCAUAAUGGGUGUGCAGAUCCCUUAUAAAAACGGAAGCGAAAAAAAAGCUGACAAUUGCCCUUUCAUAUGCAGCAAAGUGGAUCCAGUGGAUGAGACUUGUGAUAUUCGAGCCCCGAGGACGAUCAGGACAGACUCGUGCCAGAGAAUGCGCCGCCACUCCUGCCAGUUUUGGUGUUUCUCUGCCCUUCAUCUCUGUUUACUUUUUGAAUGAUCUCAGUUAUUUUGUUGAAUAAAGGAUUUCAUCCUUUGAGUCACUGUGGCUUGUCGUGUUAUUGCUCAAACAAGCAUCAAAUAGGGAAGGAUGGCCAAAAUCUUUCAAAGAUCACCAUGCGGAAAACUGAUAGUAAUAUUGUAGCAUUUAACACUUUACAUUGGUUUUGCAGUGAUUCAAGUGAUGUUUUCGAAAACUUUUAGUGUGACGUACGAGAUGCGGCCCACGUUAAAGCCUAAAUGUAUUUCAUAUUUAUUUGUUUUACAUGAAUUUGUUUGCUAAGCUGCUAAAAGAGUCUUGUUUUGAAAACUACCGACAAAUUUCUGAGUUGAUAUUUGUUGUUCUCUUGUAUUUUGAAAAAUGAAUAACACAAAAAUUUUUUC